AUGCUUAACAUCAAACACCCAAUCCAGCGAUUCCUCCUCCUCCACCGCCGUUUCACCACCGAAUUAACUCAACCGAAACAACCUCCAACCACAAUCACUCCCAUAAACCAAGACCACCUCCUCCGCGUCUGCACAAUCCUCUACCAACAACAAAACUCCCCCGACUCACGACUCAUCUCCAAACUCUCCUCCACCGAGUUUCAUCUCACACACGAGUUCUUCCUCCAAGUCUGCAACAACUUCCCUCUCUCAUGGCGUCCCAUCCACCGCUUCUUCCUCUACUCUCAAACCCACCACCAAGAUUUCACCCACACCUCCGUCACCUCCAACAAGGUCCUCGGGAUCAUCGGGAAAUCAAGAAACAUGGAUCUUUUCUGGGAACUCGCUCAAGAAACAGGGAGACGAGGGUUGGCUAACGACAAGACGUUCCGUGUCGUGUUGCAGACGCUUGCUUCCGCUAGAGAGAUGAAGAAAUGCGUUAACUUUUUCCAUUUGAUGAAUGGGUUUGGGUAUAGUUAUAAUGUGGAGACGAUGAACAGAGUGGUGGAGACUCUGUGUAAGGGGAAGCUUGUGGAAGAAGCUAAGUAUGUUGUUGCUAAGCUGAGAGAUUUUAUUAGACCUGACGAGGUGACUUAUAGGAUGAUGGUUGAAGGGUUUUGUAAUGUUGGUGAUUUGGUUGAAGCUGUGAAGAUUUGGAAUUUGAUGAUGGAUGAUGGGUUUGAAGUUGAUGUUGUAGCUGGUAAGAAGAUUAUGGAGACGCUUUUGAAGAAGAAUCAGUUUGAUGAAGCUUCUAAGGUGUUUUAUGUGUUGGUGUCGAAACGAGGUGGAGAUUUGGAUGUGUCUUUCUACAGGGUUAUGAUUGAUUGGUUGUGUAGAAAUGGGAGGGUUGAUACAGCGCGGAAGGUGUUCGAUGAAAUGCGUGAGAGAGGGGUUGAGGUGGAUAACUUAACUUGGGCGUCGAUAGUCUAUGGGUUGUUGGUUAAACGAAGAGUUGCAGAGGCGUAUAAGACGGUCGAGGGGGUUGAGAAUCCGGAUAUUAGUAUCUAUCAUGCAUUGAUAAAAGGGUUGGUGAAGAUUAAACGGGCUAGUGAAGCAACGGUGGUUUUUAGGAAGAUGAUAGAGAGAGGGUGUGAGCCGAUAAUGCAUACGUAUCUUAUGUUACUGCAAGGACAUUUGGGGAGGAGAGGAAGGAAAGGACCAGACCCGUUGGUGAAUUUUGAUACUAUAUUCGUUGGAGGUAUGGUUAAGGCGGGGAAAAAGUUUGAGACUACAAAGUAUGUUGAGAGGACGUUGAAGAGAGGGGUUGAAGUUCCUAGGUUUGAUUAUAGCAAGUUCUUGCAUUGUUACUCUAAUGAGGAAGGUGUGGUGAUGUUUGAGGAGAUGGCUAAGAAACUUAGAGAAGUGGGUUUGUUUGAUUUGGCGGAUAUAUUCCAGAGGUAUGGAGAGAAAAUGACUACGAGAGAGAGAAGGAGAGAUAGAGAAGAAACAUCAUCUGUUUCGCCUUACCAAUGUCCAGUGCCCACCUAACCCUAGUUCCUACCGCAUCAAUGUCUGCUGGGGAUGCACGGUUCCAAUUUGUUCUACUAGUUGAUUAAUAGAGUAUAGAAAUAGUCUAUGCGCUUCGGCGAGAGCAUGUAACGCGGUUGUUCAUGAAGAAAGAUUUUGUAGUGCUUUGCUUGUUACCAUGUAGAAAAAGGUAGAUAUUAAC